AUGGGGUUUCAAAAGCUGGUUCGAUACGAACAGGAUGACAAUGUUCACUACGGUGAAUUGCUCGAGACCUCUGACGACGGCUUCAAAGUGGCCAAGCUCAAUGGCAGUAUCGCCGACGGUUUUAGUACUGCCAACGCCGAGCCAAUAACGGUGAAGAAGCUCCUCUGCCCACUCGAGCGGACACCUAUUGUUCAAUGCAUUGGAGUCAACUAUCGUCAACAUGCCGACGAGGCUAAGAUGCCCGUGCCAAGCUACCCGGUACUCUUCAGCAAGCCGUCAGAUACACUCGCAGGGCCCUCGGAUGAUAUUCCUAUCCAUCCAGACGCUCAUCCAAUGAUGGACUUUGAAGGUGAAAUGACCGUGAUUAUCGGCCGUGAUGCCAAGAACGUCUCUGAAUCAGAAGCGCUCGACUACGUAUUGGGGUACACUGUUGGAAAUGACGUUUCUGCUCGCAACUUCCAGCUCAAGGACGCGGCGGGAGGGCAAUUUGGGUUUUCAAAAUCGUUCGAUGCCUUCGCCCCGAUUGGACCUGCGAUUUGGUCGACUGAAUGCGUCCCCAACCCGCAGAGCCUCCAGUUGACAACGAGGGUGAACGGGGAGGUGAGACAGGCCACUAACACGAGUGACAUGAUAUGGUCGGUUCGGCAGAUUAUUGCUCAUUUAUCUCGUGGAAGGACUCUGAGAAGUGGGACCGUCAUCAUGACAGGAACGCCAUCAGGGGUCGGCUUCUUUCAAAAACAAUUUCUCAAGAAUGGGGACAUUGUUGAGGUGGAGAUUGAGGGACUUGGCAAGAUUUCCAACAAGAUGGUUUUUGAUUAG